CCGAUGGGUAAAUAUAAUUAUUACAGUAUUUGAAAGUGUUAUAGUUAGUUACAUACCUCUAAUACGUUUGUGUUAUGCAAAUUUUAGUGAGACUAUCGUAUAUGUUUGCUGCACCGGCAAAGGCAAUUGAUAUGGAUGAACGCAAUGAAAACUACAAUAAAAUACUGCAGCAAUGCAUAAAUUCCCAGAAUGAAUUUCAAAAAGAAAUAAACACCCAGUUAGAUACAUUUGACUCGAUUAGCUUUUUAAAACUUGAACAAGAGAGAAAACAACUAAUUCGCAUUGCUGUACAACUAUCUAUCGGUGUUACACAAAGUCCCGACAGUAAAGAUAAAGACAAUUUUGAAAUGAUAUGUCGAUUGAAGGGUGUGUACAGAAGUAUAUUACACCCAAAUGAGUUUAUAGUAGAAGCUAAAGUUAAUAAUGGUAAUAAGUGUCAUCUAACUGGUAUAGACAACAAAUUACACGAAGUCAGUGUCUUUGGGCUUGACCUAUCAUAAACACAUCAUUAAUAAAGUAAAAAGAUUUCACUUGCUUUUCAGUUAUUUAAAUUUAGAUCACGAAUCUUAUUGUUAACUUAUUCAAAAUUAUAAAGAACUAUUGUUAUUAUAUUUAAAUUAUUAUUCCAAACCUCACUUGUAUCCAAAUUAUCAAAUUUUAUGUA